AUGAACGCCGGCCAGAAGAGCGCGAGGCAAUUAGCCUCAAGGUCGAGCUGGCGACCCCAAGACCCUAUCUGCCUCUCCUGCCGCAUCUCCCGCCGACGCCAUGCCUCCUCCGCGGCCGCCGCAGCAGUCGAGCAGCCCGCUCCCCUCCAAACCAUUCCACCCGCAACCUCCACCUCCUCGCCCCCCCAAGCCUACGCCCUGAAAGCAGGCGUAGUACUCUGCCGGCCGCCGCAAAUAACGCGGGAUCUCCAGCCGUUCGAGAAAGCAUUCUUCCUCUACCAGCGCCGCCUCAACGAACGCCUCGCGCUGCCCUUCACGCGCUACUUCUACUUCAAGAAGGACACCCCCGCCGACAUCGAGUGGAAGCGGAAGGCCAAGACGCGCUUAACGGCGGCUAGGGAUAUCGGUGUCUAUCAUGCGUAUGGGAAGGAAGGGUGGAAUGACGAGGUGCUGGUGGGCGCGAAGGAGAGCGAGCCGGAAUGGCAAGUUGAGGCGCUGCUGAAGGAUAUGGAGGUCCCGGCUGCGGGGGAGGCGAGUGCGGGCGCGCAGGCGGGCGCGAUGGUUGAGAAGAGGGAGGAGGUUGAGAGGCCGAUGAGUAGGGUCACGGAGGCGGAUAGGAGGGGGGAUGUUAAGAGUUUAGAUAGGCUGUUGCAGAGGUCGUUAUAUUUGGUGGUGAAGAAUGGGGAAGGGAGGUGGACUUUUCCUUGUGAUAGGUUGAUUGGGAGAGAAGGGCUGCAUCUGGCCGCCGAAAGGAUACUCGUUCAGGCUGGUGGAGUGAACAUGAAUACCUGGGUGGUGGGGAAUGCGCCCAUAGGAUACUUCCAUGCCGACUUUCCCAAGGGGAUAAUGAAUGAGGAGAAGAAUGUGGAAGAGGUGGGGGAGAAGGUGUUCUUCAUGAAGGCUCGCAUCAUGGCUGGUCAGGCGAAUCUGGAGCAGAACAAGUUUGGUUUGCAGGACUUCAAGUGGCUAGCCAAGGAAGAGUUGGAAAAGACGGUUACUGCGAGGUACUGGAGUGCUAUACGGAACAUGUUGGCUGACAGGUAG